GGGCACUGGCUGCGGGCACUGGCUGCGUACGGGAGAGUCAAAUACCCCUUUUUAAUAGGAGGAGCCAUAAGUUCUUCUUCUCCAACAAAAGCUCUAAACUCCUUUUUAGGGUUUGACAAAGUUGUGGGGUCUCAGCUGUCUGUACACUGCAGAGCUGCUGCUGCUGCUGCACUCCGCGCCCUCAGCCGCGCCGCCAGCAGCCCCCAACUCGAAGAUGAACUCCGGCGGUUUGGGUGCGAAGACUUGAAAGUCCAAAGCGACCUGGAAAGAGUGGCUUUUGUUUAUGCAGUUGUGGACGCUGUUGCUGAAGCAGUCCAGUACAACAGGCCUGUCGAACGCCCCCUAGUAGAAACCCUCUGCAACUAUUUGGGAGUUGCAGAAAACCCUCAAGACACUCCGAAGCAAACAGGGGGCCCCCUGGGGCCCCUCAUGGGGGCCCCCCAGGGGGCCCCCCAGGGGGCCCCCCAGGGGCCCCUCCGGGGGGCCCCCCAGGGGGCCCCCGACGGGCCCCUCCAGGGGGCCCCCCAGGGGGCCCCCCAGGGGGCCCCCCAGGGGGCCCCCGAGGGGCCCCUACAGGGGCCCCCCCAGGGGGCCCCCUUGGGGGAGAUUUUUAGGGAGGCCCAAGGGAAAGGAGAAAAGGAGGGAAAAGAAAGAGAAGGCGAAGGAGCUGCUGCUGCUGCUGCUGCUGCUGCUGCUGCUGCAGCAGCAGCAGCAGCAGCAGAGCAGCAGCUGCUGGAGGGCCUGGCGAAGUACUUCAAGUUUUCCCUUCGCCGCAAAAAGACUUCUUGCAAAAGUGUUAACAUGCUGGCGGCCACGGGCACGCAGCUGGGUGCGAAGACCUAG